AUGGAUCUAGAAACAUUUAUGAACACUUGCAAAUUUUAUAUAAUACCGCAAUUGAUAACAAUUCCCCUGGUAAAGCUUAUCAAGAGUGUGUGCAGUAAUGAACUCAUUAAAAAUAUACUUUUGGAAAUAAUAGCCACGGCGGAACUAUGCGCAAUAAAUUAUGAAAUCACUGCAGCUGCACAAGAAAUUGGACCAAUGAUGUUUGCAGUCAGUACUUUUAUAGUAAUGACUGUUUGGUUAAUACGUUGGGGCGGCAUAGAAGCUUGCCCUAACGUAAUACUAGAGUGUAUGCUAAUAGAGCGGAACAUACGCUACAUGGGUAUACUCAUAAUAUUUGCUGAAAUGAUCGGCGGUUACCUCGCAUUCAAAUCUAUGCAUGUAAUAUGGGAGUGUUUUCAUCAAUUCAAACGGUCGUCUGUAGGUUGCUCUACAAUGUUUCGUAAGAAUUCUGUUCUGCAUGCGUUUAUCUUCGAAUGGCUAUUGACUAUCACUCAUAGGCUAGCAAUUUAUACCAUAGCAUAUUUAAAAGAAUAUCUAAAACUGAAAUUUAUACCCACUGUGCAAGCUCUCGUGGAGACAAUUUUUAGGACUGCAGUUUCAGGAUUUGUAAUUAUCGGCAGUUUCAACAAUCCAGUGUUAGGAGCUUGUGUGAGAUACGGUUGUUCAGAAAUCGAUAACUAUGAAAGUCUAUUAGUUUAUUGGAUUGCCCCUUUUUGCGGAUCUCUCCAUGCAUUGUACACAUUGCACUUGUGCAAACAAUUUGUAACAUAUUUAGUAUUUAAAUCGCCUACUCGUGAUGAGAAAGUUAUUCUUAAACUUAACGAUGUGGGUUACAAUAGUUUAUAAUAUAAGAUCAUAU